CAUUAGGGCUUGUGUCCGUCCGUUACAGUUCACUUCCAACAUCAGAAACCAGAAAGACGAAACUGCGCCGAUGAGUUCGUGAUUCUUGAGGGUUUAAGAGGAUGAAAAUCUGUGUGGGGGAGGGAGGUAUGAUUGUGAAGGAGAUGCAAAACGGUCAGUGUCGUGAGUUAGAAGAAAGGGUCUUGAAAGCCGAGGGAAGCGAGAUUGUUUUAGAAUCAUCAAAGAUGAAGAAUCCGAAAGAGUCUGACGAAGACUCGUUAGUCGAGCAGAUGAUGAUGGUGAACAAAGCGUUGGAGGUUGAGAAACAGAUGGCUGAGGACAGAGCCGAGGAGUGGAAGAGAAAGUUUGAGAAACUCGCGGAGACGGUUCGAAAGUUAGAUGAGAUCGGUGCGUUUAGGGUUGGAGAUUUAGAGUUAGAUGAGGAUGUGAAGGUAGGGUUGAUGUUAGCUGGUGUCACGUUCCCAUUAGGAAAGGACAAGGAAGAGUCUUUGUGUAGGGAAGGGUUAGCUAAUAAUCAUCAGGUUUCAGGUUGUUCGCCUUGUGUUACCACACCGGUUAAAGACUACAUGGCAGGGAGAAACAGAGAUGAUGGUGUGGCUUCUCGUAGACGAGUGAAUAAGAUGUUGGUGUUUGAAGAUGAUGGUGGCAAAUCCACCGAUGUAGUUGAUUUAUGUGAUAGUGAAGAAGAGGAGAGAAUCGAUGAGAAGGAUACUUUAGAGGAGAGAGGUGUUGGUGAAGAGGAAUGUGAAGAUGAAGACGUGGGAGCUUGUGAAGUUGACACAAACGCUUCUGGUCGUAAGAGGAAACGGGUUAUUACGAGUGAUUCAGAGAACGAUGAUGAUGAUGAUGAUGAUGAUGAUGAAGAUAACAUACCGAUUGCAACGCUCAAGAACCUGAGACCACAGAACCAUGAGGUUGUUGACGCACUUAGCGCAGAAGGAGAGGGGUUGAGGAGGAGGCAGCGUCGAGCGUCGUCAAGACUGAGAAGACAGAGAGAUCUUGAAGAGAUCUCUGCUUCUAGCGAAGGACAUCCAACAGAGAGACUUACGGGAAUCCCUAAGGAUGAUGAGAAUGAGACGGAAGAAGAAGAAGAGUCAGAGAGCGAGAGUUUGAAUGGGUUUAUCGUUGAUGAUGAUAAGUAUGCAAGCGAGGAGGAGUUUGAUGAUACCGAGGAAGGCGGGGAUGCACCAGAGGAGGGAUCUGAUGGAGAAGCCAGUUAUGCUGACGUCAUUGCGAGACUGAGGAGGGACAAGAAACCCGGGGAACGUAAAUGGGACCUCCAGGGAGAUAUGCUAGCAGCGUUCGGGAAAGACCCCGAGCUUUGCAUGAGAGCGGUUUGCGUUCUGUACAGGUUUCAGACGGAAGGCGAGAAGGCUACGAGAUCAAGUCAUGUCGCUAACGGUCGUGGUUUCAACAUGGCUGACGCCGACAGGGGCACUCGCAUAGGGCAGUUCCUGACAGAUGGAGAUCCCGAGGGUGAUUUGAAGAAAUCGGUUGAGGAGUUGCGUAGUUUCGAGUUCAACGCGGUUGAGAUUUGCGAAGACUUGGCAAGACAUUACUCGAAGCAGCUCUUCGAGAUCUAUCACAACAGGGAAGAUCCAUUCUUCGCUGCUCCUCCAUCUCCAUGACUUUGGUGAAACAUGUUCGUUAAUACCGGUAGUUACAAGUUAUAACUAAGAAGCUAGCUCUUAAAGGUUUGGUUUUCUUGUAAAUUUCAGACCGGUUUGAGAUGAAAACCGGAGCUUAAUUAGGGGACUUAAUUCGCCUUUUUAGGUGUAAAUCUAAGGGAUUAUCUGGAUGGACCAUGAUGAUAGACUGAAACAUUAUUAUUUAAUCCGGUUUAGCUCUUUUUUUUAGACAAAUCGGGUUUAGCUCUUUAACCGGGUUAUUAUAAGUUAGCACACCAGGAAAGAUUGAGAGAAACAUGCCAGAUAUUUCUUUUUCAUUUUUAUAUAAUCCUUCUCGAACACAGCUUAAUAACAGAACGAACCUUAACUAACCUUUUUUCGUUAAACAUCUAAUUUUAAAAUUUAAUAAAAAAAUAAUUAAAAAGACAACGCAGAGAGUGAGACGGACAUGAUCUGUGAGAUAGGUGUUGGUCCCGAGCCGUUUGGGGGCCCCACAUUCCUCGAGGCAUGUCCUUUAACUAUAUAAUCGAAUCUUAUAGCUUUUCUUGUUCUUUCACCAAUCGGCAUUUUACUUAUCUUGGUUGAGAAAAAGAGAUUCCCUCACCACAAGGAGAUUUACAAAAAAGGAAUGGCGUCCUUGAAGUUUCCGUUGGAGAUUCUUGCCGAUUGCUCAUGCGCAAUCACCUUCGCCAGCUUCCGCACCAACCAGCGAUGGAACAUCGAUAGAUCAGGGGAUAGCGUAUGUUCUAAUGAUGGUGGCUUUGGCGUUGACUUAUUUCAUUCACUGAACUUGAUGAAUCACCACAACCACAAACAAUGGUUUUGUUUCUUAGUGUUUGUGCUUUUUUCUUUUGACGUGAGAAUUUGUAGAAAAA